AUGUCUUCCAACAAUUCUUCUGGCUCAAACCCUACCGACUCCUUCUCUCUCAUGAAUCUUUGUGGGAGAGUCAUCUUUUAUGGUUUCAACUUUAAUGAUUGGAUCAGGAACAUCAGGAUGGUCACACGUUACGAGGACAAGGAAUAUGUCCUCGACAAGGAGCUGAAGGAAAUUGAUGAGUCUUCUGCUACUCCACUGGAGAUCGCUGACUUUAGGACUCAUGAGAGAGAUGCCACCAAGGUGGCAUGUAUCAUGUUGGCCACAAUGACAGCUGAACUCCAAAAGUCCUAUGACGAAUUUUACCCUUUUGAGAUGCACAUGGACCUGAUGGAUAGAUACCAUCAGAGUGCUUGUCAAGAGAGGUAUGAAAUCAUAUCAUCCAUGAUAACAACCCGAAUGAAGGAUGGUGAACCCAUCACGGGCCACAUGCAGAAAAUGCAAAGGUUUGUGGACCGUUUGCUGAAGUUAAAUGUGAACUUCCCCGAGGAGCUGGAUAUCGACAUCAUACUGCACUCCUUACCUCCAUGUUAUGAUCAGGUCCGAAUGACCUAUCAUAUGAACAAGGAGGAGGUCACACUCAACAAGCUUCAAGGACUUUUGAAGACCGCCAAAAGUGGUCUCAAAGGUAAGUCAGUUGUUACCACUCCUACUCCUACCACCACCCCUGUUUUGGCAAUCGGGAAAGGUAAAGGGAAGAAGAGGAAGACCCCUUCAAAGGGUCACAAGGGAAAGUCUCUUGAUGGUUCCUCUUCAAGUGGAACCAAAGGUGGUCCUGCUACUCCAUCUGCCAACCCUAAAGAAGCUGAAUGCUUCUAUUGUCAUGAUAAGGGGCACUGGAAGCGAAGCUACCCAAAGUACUUGCAUGAUGUUAAGGAUGGCAAAGUAAAACCCACCCAUGGCCUAAAAAUAAGUGAGGAUGUGGAGCACGGGAAGAUAAACUUAAUCAUGGGGAAUAGGAAAGCUUCACCUGUCACCAAGAUUGGAGUUUAUUCUUUAUUGCUGAGUAGUGGGUUAAUGUUAGAUUUGAAUAAAUGCUGUUACUCGUCUGAAAUGGCGAGAAAUAUUAUUUCUUUUCACGCAUUACCUUGUGAUGGUGUAUAUGAAACUGUGUUGGUUGUAGACAACUUAGGAAAUAAUGUAUUGCAUAUUGAUUCUUCCACUAGUUUGGACAAAGCAUCAUUGUGGCAUUGUCGUCUUGGACAUGUUGACAAGAAUCGCAUCGGCCAACUCCAAAAGGCUGGAGUCUUGGAAUCAUUUGACUUAAAGUCGGAUGAUAGUUGCAAGUCUUGCUUACUUGGUAAAAUGACAAAGUCACCCUUCACUGGUACUUGUGCUAGGGGUGAAGGUUUGUUGGACCUCAUACACACAGAUGUGUGUGGACCCUUCAAAACCGCCACAAGGGAUGCUAGCUGCUUUUAUGAAGUGGAGAUUCAGCUGGGAAGGAACAUUAAGAUGCUCCGAUCCGAUCGAGGUGGAGAGUAUCUUAGUACAGAGUUCCUUGACUAUCUUAAGGAAUGUGGAAUUGUUUCACAAUUGACACCUCCCAAAACACCACAGCUUAAUGGUGUGGCUGAGAGGCGCAAUCGAACCUUGUUGGACAUGGUUCGUUCCAUGAUGAGUCGAGCUUUGUUACCAAUCUCAUUUUGGGGGUAUGCCUUAGAGACUGCCGCCCAUAUCCUUAAUCUAGUCCCAACUAAAAAUGUUGCCAAAACACCUCACGAGAUGUGGACUGGGAAAGCUCCCACAUUAUACCACAUCAAGGAGAGAGGAGUUUUUCGCGAGAGAGAAUUCAUAAGCCAAGGAAACAGUGGGAGGCAAAUUGACCUUGAAGAGCUUCAGGAGUCAAGUGGUGAAGGAACCUCAAACCCUAGCAAUCAACCUGAGGAGGAAGCUCCUGUUGAACCAACUGACGAGUCUGUACCUCUGAGGCGUUCCACUAGAGUUAGAAAUACGCCUGAGCAUUAUUAUGGUUUCCAUAUUACUGGGGAAGGUGAUACAUUUAUCAGUGAUAGUACACUGCUAAAUCUGGAUGAACCUAACAACUAUAAGGAAGCCAUGGCAGGCCCUGAGUCUGCUAAAUGGAAAGAGGUUAUGGACAGCGAGAUUCAGUCAAUGUAUGACAAUCAAGUUUGGAACUUGGUUGACAAUGUACCGGGUCGUAAGACAGUCGGGUGA